UAAUCCUUUGUUUGUUGGACAUUUAUAAUUAUUUGAUUAUGCAAAUGGGUCCUCAUUAUUUUCUGUUUUUGUCCCCUCCAAUUUCUUUACUGUAAAGCUACUCUUGGUACCAUUACUAGAUCUGGAAAUUUCUUUCUUUUUUUUCUUUUGCAUUUAUUUAUCAAGUUCCUAUCAUUUCUGCUUUUGGGUUUGUUGAUUUCAAGCUGGAUUCGUUGUAUCACUUUGUUUCAGAAUCUGAAGGUGUAUAAAUAAUUUACAAUAUGGAAGGUAUCGUAGUAAGAAGGGUUAUUCCCGCAGACAAUAGUUGCCUCUUCAAUGCGGUCGGGUAUGUAAUGGAUCAUGACCAGAAAAAAGCUCCUGAAUUGAGACAGGUUAUAGCUGCAACGGUAGCAAGUGAUCCAACUAAGUAUUCUGAAGCAUUUCUUGGUAAAUCAAAUGAAGAGUAUUGUGCUUGGAUUCUCGACUCAGAGAAGUGGGGAGGUGCCAUAGAGCUAUCUAUAUUAGCAGAUUAUUAUGGACGUGAAAUUGCAGCGUAUGAUAUCCAGACUACACGUUGUGAUUUGUAUGGUCAGGAGAAGAGGUAUUCCGAAAGGGUUAUGUUGAUCUAUGAUGGACUUCAUUACGAUGCUUUAGCUAUGUCUCCCUUCGAGGGAGCUCCAGAGGAGUUUGAUCAGACAAUAUUUGCAGUCCAUAACGGUUCCAUUGGGCCAGUUGAGGGGCUCACUCUUAACCUUGUCAAAGAGCAACAAAGUAAGAGGAGAUACACGGACACUGCCAACUUCACUUUGCGCUGUGGGGUGUGCCAACUUGGACUAGUCGGCCAGAAGGAGGCUGUGGAGCAUGCACGGGCGACAGGGCAUGUCAACUUUCAAGAAUACAGAUAACAGAAUCGCUAUCCACUCAUUUGUUUCAUGCUGUGUCAAAUAAGUACAACGUUGGACUGUCGAAAGGCCACCGUGUGAUAAUAUUCAGUCUCGAAAUGUUGUAUUGUAGUACUGUACCGUCAAAAGGAAGAAAAACAAGGAAAACUAGACUUGUAGUGGGUUGCCCAUAUCAUUUUAUGGGGUCUCAUGCAACCUGUUGUAUCAGCCAUUACCCCUCCUUUAUUUAUUAUUUGAGUCUUCUUCAUUUUA